UUUACACCUUCAUCGACGAUAUCAUAUACAAGAGCAGCAAGCGAUCCCAGGACCUUCUCUUCACAAACCAACACUUCAGCAAGAAAAGACUUAGAUAUGUAUCAUAUCCUCAUCGUCGGCGGUGGUCCCGCAGGCUCCAGCACAGCCUUCUGGCUCGCAAAAGCAGGCUUCAAAGUCACAAUCGCCGAACGCUCCACCAUACCCCCUUACGGCCAAGGCAUCGACAUCACAGACGAAGCAGUCGAUAUAGUCAAACGCAUGGGGCUGUGGGAAAAGAUCAAAGAAAACACUACUGGAGAAAGUGGAUUUGCUAUGCUGGAUGAUGCGGGAAAUAAGAUUGGGAGUGUAGGGGCCAAUCCGGCUGAUCAGAGCAAGACGGCGUUUUCGCCGACCAACGAGAUUGAGAUUAUGCGCGGGACUCUGACGAAUAUCUUUAUGGAUGCUGCGAAAGAGAAAGGGGUCAAGUAUAGAUACNNGGAUAGAUGCACAGUAACCAACAUUCAAGAAGGAAAAUCUUCCGUGACAGCAACCCUCUCGGACACCAACCAGCCUGAAGAGUACACCGCAAUCAUCGGCGCAGAUGGUGUCGCCUCUCGAGUACGAAAUCUCACUUUCGACAAGGCAGCAACAGAGAACUGCUUCAAGCAAACCGAUACCUAUGUGGCAUACUUUUCCAUGCAAGUCGACCCAAAACACCAAAUCACCUACUCAGUCUUACAGCACGCCAACAAAGGACGCAUACUUUGGGUGCGGCCGAUCGACAGAACUGGGACUCGAGCUUCUGGCUAUAUGAUGGUCACCACAACCGAUGCAGCAGAUUUACAACAAGCAGCUAGACACGGGACAGUAGAGCAACAAAAAGCACUCUUGGAAAAGCGAUUCGAGGGCAUUGGUGGCAUAAAGGACAGAGUGCUACAAGGCAUGAAAGACUCCGAGGACUUCUACUUUACCAGAGUCGUGCAAGUAAAACUCGACACUUGGCACAAAGGUCGCUGUGCUCUGGUCGGCGAUGCAGGGUACUGCCCUUCCCCUCUGACAGGACAAGGAACCACCAUGGCGCUCAUCGGAAGUUACAUUCUCGCUGGAGAACUAACAGCCAAUCCAGAAGAUCCGGCGACUGCAUUCACCAACUACAAGAAGAGGUUUGAAGGCUUUGUACAGGAAAACGGCUCUAUUCCGCUGGGAGGAAGGGCGCCUAAGCUCGCCUCUCCCCAGUCAGACUUGGGUAUCUGGGUGCUCAGGUCCAUUUUCGGGACAAUCGCGCGACCAGGAUUCCAGAAGUUUUUCGAGUCUCUCCCAUCUUUGCCUAGCUUUGGUGGUGGAGACAAGAAGUUUCAAGUGCCCGACUACAGCUUCCAGGGGUGUGAAAGAAAAUGA